AUGUUGGCCUGUGAUGCCUGCCGCAUCGUGAUGAACAGGCUGUCAAGAGACGUGAAGUAUCUCACCGAGACACGCAAAAUAUGGCCUGAUGAAGUAUUGGACCAAAGGUUGUCGAUCUCGUGCGAGGAUCCAAGCCAUCCAAGUGGAAGUGGUGUGGAAGCUUGCAGUCUCUUCAUGGAAGAGUCCGCCAAUCUCAUCAGGAAGGAGGUGAAACUGCGCUGGGACGAGGCCUCUGAGGAGUUUGAGGAAGAUAUUGUUGCAGCAGAGUUCUGUUCGGAGAAGGCCCGGAUUUGUGAUGAGGAUGCAAAAGGCAUCAGUCACAUGAUUGACGAGGCUAGUAGGAAAGAGAAGCUUCUGAAAGAGGAUGCAAAGCUUGCUGUGGGAUGGUCAUUCGAGAACAUGCAGUUAUUGGAUGUGAGCACCACAUGUGCUUGCAGGGACUUGCCUCCGAUUCAUCCACUGGCCGCGCCACUGCUGGAACAGAAGCGGGACACAACUGGCAGGCAGUACAGGACCUUCGUUUCUCAAGCCGAGGCUGGCGCGGUACCAGAUGCGGUGAUCCAUCAGAUUCACUUGGAUGUGGCCGGGCAAACGGGCAAAGCAGUGGUAAACCGAGAGAGGCAGAGUCUCAGAGAGGACCUUGUGGACAAAUCUCUAAGGCAGUCGCUCUCCCUGGGCGCGGAUGGAUGGGCCGUGGAUAGCAUGCCAAGCCUCGGUGAUCCUGUGCCGACAUAUGUCCAAGGCUGCAGCAUGAUGGCUGCCAUGUGCCUGGGUUUUACCGCAGGCCGAGAAGAAGAGGGCUUCUGGCUAUUCAUCCAUCUUCUAGAGGAUGUACUGGGGGCAGAUUUCUUUUCUCGGCAACCUGCCCUCGUGGGGUACCAUGGAGACCGGGCAGCGGUUGCAGCGCUGGUGGCUUUGCAGAGCCCCAGCUUGGCCGAGCUGAUGGGCGUGCAGAGCCUGGGCGAGUCCAUCUCCGCCUUGGCGUCGCGCUGCCUCCUCUCAGGAUUUGUGGGCUUCCUGUCGGGCCCGCCGCUUGUUGCCUUCUGGGAGGAAUUGCUCCAAGUGCGUUGCGCCGACUUCCCACGCCUUCCGCUGAUAAGCUGGCUUGCAGGGCUGGUGCACCAUGCUGAAGGGCAGCUCACAUCAGCCUUGGUGGGUUUGUCAAGCGAUGAAGCUGUGCCAGUCUUCUUUCGGACAGUUCAGCAAGCCGCCAAAUCAUUGCCGAAUAACUGGCGGCCGCGAGUACGAGUCUCACAGGCUCAAGUCCUGGAGCUGCGGCAGAUUUCGAAGGCGGCCGCGGAGAAGUACCGAAUGGCACAAGAAGCCUUGAGCCUAAAGGAAAUGCACGCGAAGAACGUGUCAGCCUCCUUGGACAGGACAUGCUCGGCGCUCCUCGAUGCCAUGAAGCUGGCCGAAGGUGUGGGCAGCACAUCCGCCACAGCAGCCGCAGCCACUGUCGCUGCGGAGAGCUCGCGGGGAAAACCAACUGAGACUACACCUGCGCUUUUCUGCGUGUCGUCAUGA